UAUUGGUUCCAAAGUUCAAAGGAACACUUUCAGACAUUAGAGAGAAGCUCUGUAGAGAGCAGAGAGUGGGAAGUGGCAAGGGCACACACAUUUAGUAAGGUGGGACUGACUUCAUCAUAAUUAAAUCUGCUGGAAUAGUGCUUUGACAGUAAAGGACAAGAGGAAGACAAACGUCAUGGAUUCAGCAAGUAUUAGUGGUAAUGCAGCCACUAGUCCAAAGCCAAAGGGUCCUACGGUUUUUGCUAAACGAGUUCAACGACAAUUCAGCAGAACUCAGGAGAAGGUUUUACAGAAGUUUGGAAAGAGUGAGGUGACCAAAGAUGAACAAUUUGACUUUUACGUCCAAGAUCUAAACGACCAGCAGAGCGAUGGGAGUAAAAUAUACAAAGACCUCAAGGCGUAUCAUAAUGCUGUCAAAGUAAUGAGAGAGGCUUCCCAUCGGCUCUCCCAUUCUCUCUUCGAUGCUUAUGAAUCUGACUGGAAUGGACUUGAAGAUCUAGGGGCCAUUGUGGAGGGAGAAGAUCUUUUAUGGAAUGACUAUGAGACAAAAGUCUUAGACCAAGGCGUGCGCACCAUGGAGUCUUACAUGACUCAGUUUCCAGAUGUCAAGGAAAGAGUGGCCAAACGCAACAGGAAGCUGGUAGACUAUGAUUCAUCACGUCACCACCUGGAGGCCCUACAGAGUGCCAAGAAGAUAGAUGAGGUCAAGAUAGCUAAGGCGGAGGAAGAGCUGCAGACAGCCAAGAGUGUUUAUGACGAUAUCAACAUGGAACUUAAAGAGGAACUGCCUGUCCUUUUUGGGAGCCGUAUUGGAUGCUAUGUGACAGUAUUUCAAGCCAUUUCCAACCUGAGAGAGACCUUGUAUAAAGAACUGAACACGAUAAACCGUGAUUUUCAGGAUGUUCUCACUGAUCUGAAAGCUCAGCAUCCAGACAAAGUGUUUGUUAUCAACAACCUCCAACGCUCUGCCUCGAUGAAGAGGAGAUCACUCAUCUCACCCAGGACAUGGAGGGCCAGCUUCUCUGAGUUCCAGACUACCAUCAGUCCAAGAGGAUCCCUUCGAAGGAGGAAUCCAACAAGCCCUCUGAGGAGUGUGGACAGGCCCUCACUGGAGGGGUACAGCCCUGAGCCAGAACUCCGACCCACUCCAGCGCAGUCCAUCGCUGAGGUCCGAGAUGACGAGGUGAGCUCAACUCACUUCGAGCAGCCGCUGCCAGAGCCCUUAAACGGGGGUGAAAAGGUGGGGGAAGAGGAAGAGGAGGAGGAGGAGGAGAAGCCACAAGAGAAGGACAAACCAGGCAAGCCGGAGCUUACUGCGGAGCCUGCUGCUGGUCCAGGCGCCGAUGGGCCCGGAGAGAGCCCAGCGGCAGCCGACAGCGACCCCACUGAGGCAAAAGCAGCAGAGGAUCCACAGGUGACCAGCAGUGAGGUACCUGCCAGCAAAGAGGUGCUGGAGAACGGAGAGGCACCUGACAGUCAAAAUGCUGGGACCGAUGGCUCCUCCACAUAUAGCAAAGGGGCAGCUGCCAAGGAUUCUGGCCUUGACAGGGAGACUGUGAUGUGACACCCAAUACUGUACACAGAAAAGCAAUAUUCCAUGGAGGGGUCAGAAGAUCGUAACAGCACCGUCCAUGGGAUGGCUGGCAUGCAGCUCGCCCAGAUAAACACAGCCUUGUCUAUGUUUUUAACUUUUUAUCAAAACAAAAAUGAAAAGGGAAUACAGCCACUGUUUUUAAAUCGAUAUAGGCCUAGCGAUGGUCUGAUUCCUGAUUAAUUCUAUAUGUUGAAUUCAAUCUAUAAUCAACAGGUCUGCCCAUAGAGGAAUCCACAAAUUAAAAUGUUUUAACCAAUGUGCAAUCACCAAACGCAUAAACUGUAACAUCUGUUUUUUCCAAGCCUUGUUGAAAAAAAAAAUCUGAAAAUCUCAUGAAAGCAAUGAAAACAAGUUUUACAGGUCCUUCUGGGAGGAGUUACAUUAAAAUUGUACUGUAAUCAAGUAUAUCUGAUGUAAUCCUGGGCGUUCUUCAAGUGGCUUAUAGAAGUAAAUAAAUGAUCACAAACACGUGUUGUGCCUCACCCUAGCUUUAUAUUUUCGAGGUCCUGCUGACACUCCAAGUUGUGAUGUCACCCCUUUCUGUGGCUUGUCAGGAACUACCCGCCUAACAAGGUGGUAUCCUGUCGACUGCUUUCAACUCCUGGCUCCGUGAAUUAGCACCAUUGUUUAAUUUGUAGGGCAAGAGCGCUAAAGGAAAAGGCACACGCUCGCGUGGCGACCCGGGAGUUCCUGGUGUUUGCGUGGUUCCUUAUUUUCUUCGAGCUGUUCCUGUUAGGAUUUAGAUUUCAUUCGCAGGAUUGCUCUUUCUGAAUCUGAACGUUUACUGUUGUAAAUCUCAAUCAAAGGGAAAUCCAUUAUGGCAAGCAUUGCACCCAUGAACGUAACAUCUGUGAAGCCAGUGACAGAACCUCCAUCCCAGCCAGAUUCUGCAGUCAUUGGGGUUGUUGUGGUCUUGGUGCUGCUGACCCUGGUCGUGGGUGCCUUCCUGCUCUACCGAUAUCUGUGCCACAACAAGGGUGCCUACAGGACAACAGGUGAGCCUGCACCUGGAGAGGAUCCCGACCAGGUGUACAACGAUACCACUGUACCCAUAAAGAAGGAAUACUUCAUCUGAUGUUCCAACCCUGGACUAAAUAUGCCCACUCACAACAGGGCAGGGAGGUGACUGGGGAGAGCUGGAUGAAUAUUUUGUUUGGUUGAAGGAAGAAUAUGGUGACUGGGGCUGCUAUGGAAGAUCUAGCUAAAUUCACAUUGUGUCUGUUUGUUCUACGCAGUAUGUCAUUUGGUGCUUUAACAAAAGGUGGGGUCUUGGAGUUGAUGAAGCUACAGGGAAUGGUAGAGUAGUAUUGGGCAAAAGCACUGAUGCUUUUAAGAUGCCAAAGGAAAACUUAAGUCAGGUAAUUGCAUUGCUCACCGUUUGCACUCCAGGCUUUUGCAUUGUCAUCUGUUUGUAUAAAAACAAAUGAUGUUCCACUUAUUUUUGUAUGUUUUAAUGAAGAAUGACUAAGUCCUACAUGAGAAGGAAAAAAUGAUACCAGGUUUUUUUUUUUUUUUUUAAUUUGUUUUCUUUAUAGUAAGUACAGAUGUGUGCUUACACUCUCGUGGUCAAUAUUUAUUAGCUUGUGGAAUUUUCUUUCAUUGAUUGAUGGUUAAAUGACCAGCUUUACACAAAGCCUGUCAGUAUUUUUUUUACUCUUCUCUCCACUAUACUCCAAAUGGCUAUUAUGAUAGCAUAUUUACUGGACCAGUCGGUUUAGAUGGCAUUAGCUGUCUGAAAAUGGUAUUUCUAUUUUACACUACAGACUAGAAAGACCUUGGAGUUGAAUGGAACAGAAACCUAAACUGACAUUAUAUAUGGAUAAUCUACAGAUGCAGUGAGAAUAGAAAUGUACAUGUUACGUUUUUUCCUCUUCUGCCUUGUAUAUUCACUUACAUGUGUCUGUUUAUUGAUGUUAACACUUGUGUGAGACAGUAAAUAUGAAGUUCAUUCAGA